AUGUUUGAAGUUUCUUCCACACUGGGUACACUUAUGAGAAGAUGGAUGCUUCGAAACGCUGCAGAAGUGAUUAAACACUGUAGGCUAUUUCACACUGAACGAGAUGAAGCUGUUACCGACGCGAACGAGGACACCUUUCUCGACGGCAUGAACGAUGCCACGACGGAUGUGCGGGCCGAGUUUCUCGACAUCAAUCUUGUGGUUGGCGCCGAUGAACUUCUUGAUGGUCGGAAGUGA